CUGAACAUUAUUAAAGGAACUGAAGAAGUAGCAAAAUCGAAUCAUCCAUCCGAUGAAGUGAAUAAAGGAGAACGCAGCAUAAAGGACGUGCUAUUAUCAGUGGAACAUGCUCUGAAUAAACCUGAAUCUGAAGCAAGUCUCUUGAAUGUUUGUUCUGGUCAAUUCAUCGACGCCUGUUCACCACAAACUCCGGACGCCUGCAUUCUAUCAAAUGAUUGUGAAAAAGAUAGAGGAGUUUCGUCAUUAUUAUUGUCAUCAUCAGAUGAAGAUGGUAGUGACAGCGAUAACGAUAACGAUAACAAACGUGAGUUGCAAAGGAAAAGGAAAAAGAAAAGCAAAAAGAUAAUCGAUGACGAUGAUGAAUGCGAUCAAAACGAACACGAUUCUGAAGAUGUGAACUCAGAAGGGAUAUCGAGUGGUGUUGAAGAUGGUGACAGCGCGAGUGAUACGGAUGUGGAUUCUAGCGACGAUGAGUUACGAGUCUUCAAAAGGAUCCAGGAGAACGAUAAGGAAGCAGCAUCUCGCAACGACAAAUACAAAUGGACAAAAGAGUAUUUGGAUGAUGAGGCAUCGCUAUCGGGGGAUGAUGUUGAUAAUGGAGUGGACGAUGACGACAACGACAGCGAUAAUGAUGAGUAUGAAGCGGAAGAGGGUGAUAACGAUGAGAAUAUCGACUUGGAUAACAUCAAAUCGGAGUUGCAUCGACACUGGCUUAAACAACAGCAGGAUGAAGACGAUCGUAAACUAUUGUACUGGAAGGAGAAGUUAUUGGAGGACGGCGAUUUACAUACGGUCACCAAUCGCAGAUUUCGUUUUAAAUUGAGGAGUGAGAGGGAGAGGAUGGAUUGCGAGGCUCAGAAUGAUGAUAUGGGCACGGGGCAGGGUGCCGAGGUGGAUGGUGACGAUGCCGAAGGUAAUGAAGCCAUCGAGAGACUGCGCACCGAGAAAAUUAAGUGGAUGAUCGACGUGGAUUAUUAUAAUAAUCCCGAAUAUACGUCAGUUGCUGAUGCUCCAUCAUGCUCAUUAGAAACUGUUACGUCUACGUCUACAUUACGACGCAUUGGUGAUCCUUAUGAAUUGAUUCAUCUCAAACAUUCAUAG